GGAGGCGGCAUCUUUGGAAUUAGUGGAGGCGUUGGUGUGAAAGCUCCUGGAGCCGGAAAAAUUGGAGUUGGAUCUGGAAUUGGUGUGGGCAAAUAG